AUUGGCAAUGAGUUUUUCGAAAAAAGAAAGUGACUUUCAAAAAGUGUAUCAGAAACUGCAAGAGCAACAAAACGAGGAAAAGCAGUUGUUCAUGAAGCAAAACUACGAAAAGUUGCCUUCGUGGUCUCGUCACGAAGUUUCAUCUGGAAUACUUGGUUCGCAACAUGCAACCUCAGGUGUGCUUGAAGGUCUGUGCAAAAAAGUUCAGCAACAUUUUGAUGAGGAUCGGGAGAAGUUUAUGAAGGAGAACGCAGAUAAGGUGUCAUCGUGGUCGAAAUGAGCGAAAUGAUCAAUGAACCAAUCAACCGACAACUUCUAAUAAUUUUCAACUAUUAAGAAUCAAAGAUUGCUUGAAAUACAUGUAUUCAUCAAAGUUUUAAAAAUGCUCUUAUAUCAUGAUAACAAAUACAAUAUUUUGGACGGUAAUAAUGUUUGGAGUGUUGCAGGAAAUUAUUGACAAUAAAGUUUCCAAAUAUUUGC